CCCCUACCAAUAGCACGAACGCGAAAACGUUUUAAUUUUUUAGCCAGCUGCCAUAAUUUCCAUAAUAAUUGCCUUGCGUUUGCCAUUGAAAUGGACUAAUCUAAUCAAUAACUCUCCAUGCAGUGGAACGAGCUGCUCCCACCCUCCCAAUCCCCACUCCACAGGAGGAAGCCACUGUACCCACACUGUGGUCAUAAUUAUACACGUCGCCUGCCGUCGGGCGAUGUUGUUGUUUUUGUUUGCAGUAAAAGACGUUGCCGGGGGCUCUCAUAAAGCCGUCAAACAUGGCAGGCAGGCGGACACACGGGGACCUCUCCGCACGGAAACGAAAAAUCCAAUAAAAAUCCAAAUUACGAAACAGCAGUUGAAUCCCCGCGCCAAUGUAUUUAUUUUGGUCAACCUGGGCUGCGAGAUGCUCUAUGUGAUAGAUCAGCGUCUGAAGGCGCAACAAAUCGCCAAGGACAAGUCGGUUCAAGUUAUCCACGAUGUGACUGCAGUACUGCUGGAUCCCAAGUUCAUAGACUCCCUGCUGAAUGGCUCCAAGCACAACAACGCCCAGCUCCUGACCGCCGAACACUGCAAAUUCAUGCUGAACGAUAUAGCCACCUGCUCCGUGAUGCGCAUCGACGAACAGUCCAUGGGCAAGCUGUGGAACCUGAUGACCAUGCUGUACAAGUGGCAGCUAUUUGUGUCCCGGCACCAGCACCAUUUGCUCGAGAUAACCUUCAGACACCUGGACGCCAUUAACAAGCUGUAUCCCGAUGCCAAGCGCCACAUGCUGAUUGACUUUACCAAGAACACUCUGCUGGACUUUUGGAAUGCCAGCGGGGAGGAGGCGCAGCUGUCCAUUUACAGCACCAACAAGGCCUGGCUGGAGUGCUUCAAUACGAAAAUAUCACUGCUGAUUCGUCUGGGUUUCCAGGGCAUGGACGGCAGCUUCUUCAAGGACGUGGAUCAGGAAUACUUUGGAGAUUAUGUCCAGACCAUGGGCGACAACAUGUACGUGAAGAGCGAGGAGCCGCAUCAGCAGGCAGGGCGGGAGCCCAACCGUAUAGACCAACUGGCUGCCCAGCUGAACAUCAAUCCACUGCCUGAAGGCGAGGAUCUGCAGCCGAUUAAUGCCCGCCAAUUCCAGGAGCAGUUUGAGCAGACAUUCGGCAAUGUUCUCUUCGAUGAGGGCCAAUCAGCGACAGGUUGCGAGUUUGUCCAGCUGCAGCCGGCUGGGUCAAGCACGGAAGCCCACAGCCGUGCUGGCGACUCCAUACUCAAUCAGAAUCUCAUCGACUUGUACAGCAAAAUGGCUUAGAAAUUACUUGGAAGAGAU